CGGAGAAGUUCGGUUUCCGUCCAGUACGCGAUCACAAGUCGUUGCGACGAGAUGGCAUCUGCGGCGCUGUUGGUCCUCCUGCUCGGGUGCUUCAGUUCGGUCACACUUGGUGCCAACAUUCUCUACGUGAACACCGUUGCAUCGCCUAGCCAUUUCGGAUGGAACCGUGCGCUAAUGUACGAGCUGGCCUCGCGGGGCCACAAUCUGACCGUGUUCGGCGUGGACAGUGAACCGAACCCACCACCGAACGUUACCUUCAUCGUGAUGGAAGAUGUGUACAAGACGCUGUACAGCGAUCCGAACAUGCACACCGAUUUCCUCGAGAUGAGCAAAAUAAGCCCGUUCAGUAUGACGCUGCUGUUUAACGAGUUCGUGGUAGGCGUCUGCGAGAUUGUGCUCAAGACGGAGGGCGCCAAACGCCUGCAGAGCUAUCCGCCCGACUUUGGGUUCGAUCUGAUCAUACACGACUACCUGUCCGGGCCGUGUCUGGCAGCGCUGGCGCACCAUCGCUUCGGCAAGCCACCGGUCGUGGCCGUCACUGCGUACCACGGUCUCUCUACCACGCUCUCCAUCACCGGUGCGUACCAGUACUCGGCCCUUGUACCGAACCACGCGUACGAUGCUACCGAGGACAUGAGCUACACGCAACGGUUCAUCAAUCUGCUGGUCAACCUGGAGGAGGAGCUGCUGCAACGCUACUCCAUGAUACCGGGCUCGAACCGUUUGCUGCGCACGAUCGAUCCCACCCUGCCCGACGUGGCGGAGUUCAACGCCAACACGAAGCUGGUCCUGCUGAACGCCAACCCAAUCAUCCAGUACACCGAACCGUUCAUGCCGAACGUGAUCCCGGUCGGUGGGCUGCAGAUCAUCAAGCCGAAACCGCUGCCGGCCGAUCUGGCCCAGCUGCUCGAACGGGCCGGCCCGGCCGGUGUGAUACUGUUUUCGCUCGGCACCAACGUGCGCAGCGAUUCGUUGGGCGAGGCGCGCAUUCUGGCCAUCAUCGGCGCAAUGGAAGCGCUGCCCGAGUAUACGUUCCUGUGGAAGUUUGAAACGGAAACGCUACCACGCAAGCUGCCCGCAAACGUGCACGUGCGCAAGUGGCUGCCGCAAAACGAUCUGCUCGCGCAACCCGCCGUGCGGCUGUUCAUUACGCACAGCGGGCUGCUCAGUACGCAGGAAGCGAUCUGGCACGGUGUGCCGGUGAUUGGCUUUCCCGUGUUUGCCGAUCAGUUCAAAAACAUCAACUACUGCAUGGCACGGGGCGUCGGCCGGCGGCUUAGCAUUGAGCACCUGAACCAGCAGGAGCUGAUCGACACGAUCCGGGAGGUUAUGACCAACGAAAGCUACCGUACGAACAUGAAGCGCAUGUCAUCGCUGUUCCGCGAUCAGCCCGAACAUCCGCUCGAUCGGGCCGUCUGGUGGAUCGAAUGGGUGCUGCGCCACCCGGACUCAACGGAGCUGCUGACACACGGUUCGCGGCUCAACUGGUUCGUGAAGUACUCGUACGACGUGCUGAUUCCACUGUUCGCCGCCAUUGCGCUCGUUUGCCACGGCCUGUUCUUCCUCGUGCGCCGUCUGCUUUGUCGCCGAACUGUGCGCAAAGCGUCUGGAAAGCAGAAACGAUCGUAGAAUUGUAUUAGAAUCGUUCCAAUAAAGUGUAACGGGUGGUGGUUGCUUUCUUCUCACCUCCUUUACUGGCACCUUA